AUGAGCCUCAGUCCCUCCAAGGUUGAGCAGGCGGAGCUGGAGAGGCGGAAGGUGGCGGGGGGCCCCGAGUCUGAGGCGAAGUCUGAGUCAAAAGUGCGGGUUGGUGAGAGCGCCGCGUCCAUGGCCGCGGUGCCGGAUCUGAAACGGGAAUCCGUGUUGAGUCGGGCUUUGGAGCAGCUCCCAGCACACCAGCUGCUGCUCGACCCAACAGCGCCGAUGUCGCGGGCAUCGCAGCUGUCCCAGCCGUCAGAGUCACCCGCGCAGCUGUCGCAGCCGUCAGAGCCACAGGUUCAGUCCUCCCAGCUGGAGCAGCCGUCCCAGCCACCCGCGCAGCCGUCGCAGCUAUCGCAGCUGUUGCAGCCAGAGGCGCUGGUGUCGCAGCCCGCAGAAAGGAGCGUCUUACCCCUGCCCAGGCUGGAGGUCCCGCGCCGCAGGGGCCACUGGCCGAGCUCCAGCCGCUGGCACACUGACUGCCUGGAGGCGCCGCUCUCCCGAGCCUUCGGACGGCUGGGCUGGGAAGUGGGCGCGCACCCCUGGCUCUUCCUGCUGUUGCCCAUGCUGCUGACGGCCGCGCUCGGCACCGGCUUGUACUACCUGCCGGUGGGAAAAGAUGAAGAUCUGGAGGAGCAGUACACGCCGAUUGGGGGCCCGGCCAAGGCGGAGAGGAGCUUUGUACGGGAACAUUUCACCACCAACGACUCGUACAGCUUCUUUCACUCCAGGAUAAGCUCCGAGGCCAAUUUCGCUUCCCUUCUGGUGGUCUCCGACUCCGACACGCUCCUGGAACAAGACAUCUUGGAAGAAGUGACGAGGCUGGACGAACAGGUGCAGUCUCUGAGUGUGCAGGUGAACGGGAGCCGGUGCGGGUACGAGGACGUGUGCGCCAAGUACAAGAACUCGUGCGUGCCCCCCAACCCGCUCCUCUACGCCUGGCAGAACAACAAGGCGCUCAACCUGUCAGCUAUCACCUUCCCCAACUACGACCACGAAGGCCACCCCCUCUUCCUGACCGGCUUCUUCGGAGGAAACGAGCUGGGGAAGAGGAUAGGGAAGAACCACGUACUCCAGGAGGCCAAAGCCUUGCGGCUGCUGUACUUCCUCAAAACCGAGGUGCUGGAGGACCGGCUGAAGAGCAGGGAAUGGCUGACUCAUUUCCUGAACCAAAUUAACACAAUUAAGAAAAAUCUGAACUUGAAGAAGACCGAGGUGGUCUACUUUACAUCACUUUCUAGACAACUGGAAUUUCAGGCAACUUCUAUGACAGUGAUCCCUUUGUUUCACUUGGCAUACGUUCUAAUCAUACUAUUUGCAGUCAUAUCAUGCUUCAGGUUUAACUGUGCUCAAAACAAAAUGUGGACUGCAAUCUUUGGAGUGGUUUCUGCUUUCUUGGCAGUGGUGAGUGGCUUUGGCCUGCUGUUGCACAUGGGGGUGCCAUUUGUGAUCAUAGUUGCAAAUUCACCAUUUCUUAUUCUAGGUGUUGGAGUCGAUGACAUGUUUAUCAUGAUUUCUGCCUGGCAGAAGACCAACCUCACGGAAAACAUACGAGAGCGUAUGUCCAAUGUCUUCUCAAGGGUGGCAGUGUCCAUUACAAUCACCACACUCACCAACGUCCUGGCCUUCUAUACAGGGAUAAUGAGCUCUUUCAGGGCUUCAUUCAGACUACGCAUGUUUCUUCCUCAAACAAUAAGAAGAUAA